AUGAAGACAAGAAGAAUGUGCCACAUUCUAAUGGUCUCAAUUCUACUCAUCGCGAGUUUGGUUUGUGCAGCAAGCAAGCCUUUGUCCCUCUUUGGUGCUUCAACUCAACAAGCACUAUUUAAACAGUCCGCCACAGUAGUUGAUCCCACAACCACAAUUCAACAUGCCUCAAGACAUGCUUUUGACCCUACACAGGGAAAUGAAAGAAUAUUGAAAGCAAAGGGCAAUGGGUAUGAAGAAGCAUUAAGGGGACUGACGAGGCUAGGCUCAACACCACCAAGGUGUGAGCACAAAUGUGGAGGCUGCAUUCCCUGUGAUCCCAUUCAAAUUCCUACCAACAAUGAUAUUCUGGGGGUUAAGUAUGCCAAUUACGAGCCUGAAGGAUGGAAAUGCAAGUGUGGCAAUUCUUACUUCAACCCAUAA